CGCAGCAUUACACACGGCUCACGCGGCUGCGUCUGUUUUUGCUCUGACGUCACGCGUUAGUCGAGCGUCGUUCGACGAGCGGAUCAGUCCAACGAGCGCUGGUUCGCCGAUAGCACACAGCGCUCUGCUGCACGCCUGGCCGCGCACGCACGCUCCGUCGUCUCUCAGCUGAUAACUUGAAUUUUUGCUCUCGCCUUGCGUUCCCUAUAUACAUAUAUACACGCACCAAAAGGCAAAACAAAGCAAAGAGUCUGCGUCUGGUCAUUUUUCCAGGCCUUUUUCGCUCGCACAGUGUUAUUGAGUAAUUCAGGAGGUUAAGUUCGAGGUAUCGAGUCAAGGCAAAGCAAACAAGGAAGAACGCCAUUCCUUACAGGAUAACGUGAAAUGGAAUGAUAACGAGAGACCGCGGCCUGGCCGCCAGUGUUUCUGUUGACCCUGGCAGACGACGCAAAAGAUGACGAAGAGAUUUGAGUUCAACUGGCAGAUCGAAGUGCCUGAGGCGCUUAGAGUCGGAUGCUUUUUCGAUCGAUGGACCGAGGAGAAAGACAACACAGAAAUCGAGCUGAACUGUAUGUUCAAGGUCGACGAAUAUGGUUUUUUCAUCUAUUGGCAGAGCGAGGGAAAGGAUGGCGAUGUCAUUGAAUUAUGCCAAGUGAGCGAUAUCCGUGCCGGCGGUGUGCCCAAAGAUCCAAAACUGUACGAUAGAUUAACUGCAAAGCAUGGAGAACAGCUUGAGGACAAAAGUUUAACAAUUUGUUCUGGAGUUGACUACACAAAUAUCAAUUAUCAACAUGUAGUUUGUCCCGAUGCUGCCAUUGCAAAAAUUUGGCUCGAUGGUAUACGAAAAAUUACCCAUAAUGUGAAAGCCAAUAAUGUUUGUCCGCUGACGUGCCUAAAGAAACAUUGGAUGAGAUUACGAAUGUUAGUUGAUCCAAACGGCAAAGUCCCUGUAAAAGUUGUGGCAAGGACAUUUGCUUCUGGAAAAACAGAAAAAUUAGUUUAUCAGUGCCUUUCUGAUUUAGGCCUACCAAGUGGCAAGAAUGAUGUUAUAGAACCAGAUGAUUUUACUUUUGAUGCAUUUUAUGCACUUUAUCAUAAAAUCUGUCCAAGAAAUGACAUUGAAGAACUUUUUCAAUCGAUCACUCAAGGCAAAGCCGAUACUAUUAAUAUGGAUCAACUGAUCACGUUUCUGAACGAAAAACAACGCGAUCCUACAUUAAAUGAAAUUCUGUAUCCAUUAUAUGAUGAAAAAAGAACUACAGAAAUUAUUAAUGACUAUGAAAAAAAUGAUGGUGUAAGAUUGCAAAAACGCAUGACUAAAGAUGGCUUCAUAAGGUACUUGAUGUCAGACGAGAAUGCUCCAGUAUUUUUAGACCGUUUAGAUGUUUAUAUGGACAUGGAUCAACCUUUGGCACAUUAUUAUAUUAACUCCAGUCACAAUACUUAUUUGAGUGGACGACAAUUUGGAGGUAAAAGCAGCGUAGAAAUGUAUAGACAAGUUUUAUUAGCCGGAUGCAGAUGCAUAGAACUCGACUGUUGGGAUGGAAAAGGAGAAGACGAAGAACCUAUAAUAACUCACGGCAAAGCCAUGUGUACAGUUAUUCUUUUUAAAGACGUUAUAUAUGCAAUUAGGGACACGGCAUUUGUGACCACAGAAUUCCCAUUGAUACUAAGUUUCGAAAAUCAUUGCAGCAAAGCACAGCAAUAUAAAUUGGCAAAAUAUUGCGAUGAAGUGUUGGGUGAUUUAUUACUAAGAGAACCAUUGAAAGAAUAUCCACUCGAGCCUGGUGCACCUCUUCCUCCACCGAGUGCUUUAAAACGGAAAAUUCUUAUUAAAAAUAAAAGAUUGAAACUUGAGGUCGAGAAACAAGAGCUUGAGUUAUUCAAACAAGGGCAAUUUGUGAUCGAAGAUGAUUUCAAAGAAGACGCUAGUGCACCGCCGACUGUAACACCAAUCGUCGAACAACAAUCGGUAAAGGAUGAUGUAGUUAAUGAUCCUGUAGCAGCUGUAGCGACAGGACAACUCAAGCUAUCGCAACAAGGCGAAAGCUUAGAGUUAACAACUAAUCAACCUUACACUGGAAGUACAACGAAUGUGCAUCCUUGGCUUUCGUCCAUGGUGAAUUAUGCCCAACCAAUUAAAUUUCAAGGUUUUGAUGUUGCCGAACAAAAAAAUAUUCAUCACAAUAUGUCUUCAUUUUCGGAAGCAACGGGAUUAAAUCAUCUUAAAACUUCGGCAAUCGAAUUCGUCAAUUAUAACAAACGCCAAAUGAGCCGCAUAUAUCCUAAAGGUACUCGAGCUGAUUCAUCGAACUAUAUGCCACAGGUUUUCUGGAAUGCUGGUUGUCAAAUGGUUUCUCUGAACUUUCAAACGUCUGAUUUACCAAUGCAACUAAAUCAAGGGAAAUUUGAAUAUAAUGGAUCUUCAGGUUAUUUGUUAAAGCCUGACUUCAUGAGAAGGUCUGAUCGUAGUUUUGAUCCUUUUGCUGAAAGUCCAGUAGAUGGUGUUAUUGCAAUUCAGUGCAGUGUUCAAGUUAUAGCUGGUCAGUUUUUAUCGGAUAAAAAAGUCGGCACAUACGUAGAGGUCGAAAUGUACGGACUUCCCACCGACACGAUUCGUAAAGAAUUUCGUACGAGAACAAUACCAGCCAAUGGUCUAAAUCCAGUGUACAACGAGGAGCCCUUCUUGUUCCGUAAAGUUGUCUUACCAGAUCUAGCUGCUCUGCGUUUUGCCGUUUACGACGAGUCCAACGGCAGACUACUAGGGCAGAGGAUCGUUCCGCUGGAUGGCUUGCAAUCUGGUUAUCGACACAUAUCACUGAGAACUGAGGCCAAUUUUCCCAUGUCGCUGCCUAUGCUCUUUUGCAACAUCGAAAUAAAAAUUUAUGUGCCUGAUGGUUUUGAAGAACUUAUGGAUGCUCUGUCAGCACCCAGAGCUUCCAGGAAAGCCGAGCCACCUCAGCAAACAAAGAUGCGAGGCUUAGGUAUCGAGGAGAGCGAUCUUAAAUCUAAUUCAGAGUCGCUGCCAUCAAGAUUUCCAGAGGCUGCAAAGCCUAGAGAAGAAUUAAAUUUUGAACCGAUUACUGUGGAAACUCUCCAACAUGAAAAAGGGUAUGUAAAAAUCAUUCGAAAGCAACAAAAAGAGCUGGAAUCUUUGAAAAAAAAACACCAAAAAGAAAGAUUUUCUGUGCAAAAGCAACAAUGUGCUUCGAUUGAAAAACUCAUCAAGGGUAAGAAUGUUCGUCAUUACAGUCAAACUGAACUAUCGCGAGAUCCGAUAAUUCGGCAAGCUGUGACCGAGCAAACAGUUCAGUGGUCUCAAUUAGCUGAACGACAGCGGAAGGAGGAAAGAGACUUGAUUCAAUCGCAUUUAGAGGAGCGUAAAACACAACUACGCAAACUGUGCACGCUCGCUCAGGUUGCCCAGCAGAAACAAUUGGCCGCGAGACACGAGAAGGAAAUCAAAGACUUGAACGCCCGCCAAGCAAAAUUGUCUGUCGAAAGCAUGCGUGAAGUUAUGAACGAUAAGACCCUCAAGUCAAGAGGCAUCAAAGAGGGUCGGUUGAGAGAAAAGCAGCAGAACAAUACAAAAAAAUUCAUGGAGGAAAGAAAAGUUGCUCAGAUGGUGCAGAACCGAGAAAAGGACAAAUUAAAACUUACUCAUGAUAAGCAAAUGGAGGAAGUACAAAAAGAAAUGAAUGGGAUCAUGGACAUGUAUAAAAAUGAAGAAAUGGAGUACCAAUUAGGACCAAAGAAAGUAACCUACGCAUAAUAUUAUAAUCGUGUUGUAAUAAACCAUCUGGAUCAGUGUAAAUCCUCACGUAGAUUAUUAUGCUUUGUUCAAUAAACUCUGUAUAAUAUUGUAAUGGGAUCAAGAUUGUCAUCUCAUGAGAGAAAUAUACAAAAAAGUAGUGGUGCACUCUUUCUUAAGAUGCGCUAUGUGAAUUUGUGUGCUAGUACCAAAAUUAGCUACAUAAUCCAACUUUUAUUUUGUCGUAUACUAUUUUUAUAAACGAAUAUUUUUUCGUCAAUUCUGUAUGUCGAUGACUUGAAACAAAUCAAACAAAAAAAUUAACUUAAAUAUUUUACCUAAACUUGCAAGCCGAAUGAGAGAAGCUAAGAAUAGCUAUAAAAAGUGAUCUAGUCAAACUACAUUGUAGUCUCAAGUAGAAAAAAAAUGUAGAUACUAUUUAGAGAAACUGUGUUUCAAAGUGAACUGUCAUAUAUGAACAAAAAUAAAAACAUAAUUCCAAGUGCAAAGAUUUAAUUACUGUCGAUUAAAGUGACAUAUUAAGAUGACAUAAUUUUAUCGAAAAUUAGUUGAAGUUUAAAUUCAUAUUUUAUUGGGCUACUUUCAAAAUUUAAUUACAAAAUAAAUAAACGUUGUCUUAAUGAAUUACUUGAAUUGCCUGUAAUAUUUCUCAUCGUGUAUCAUAAUAAUUUCUCAAAUUUAAAGGAAAAAGUUCUUUAACUUCAUUGCAUUACGAGAAACCUUGUCUUUUAGUCUAAUAUUUUAUUCAUGAUGAUAAAUUAAAUCAUAGACGUGAAAAAAUUCUGAAAAAACUUAUUUAUUAAUAACUAUCUUCCAUAUAAUAGUGUGACACUGGAUUGAAUUACUUGCUAAAUUUUAAUGUAAAAAAUGUUUCCAUAAUUUGGCUAUAUUAUCAAUAUUUUAUUGUAGGGUUGUGAGAUAGUUAUAUUAAAAUCGAAAUGCUUUCAAUGUUUGUGGAAAGUUUGUGUUUAUUGUUAUGAAGCAUUUUAUGCUGUAAACAUUCUUUUUUUAUUGUCAUAAAUUAUCAAAUAUUUGUUAUGUAGAACAAUGAAAAAAUUAUUGGAAAAUCAUUGACCUAUGUAAAAUUUAUUUAAAUGUUAUAGAGUAAUCUGAGGAAUGAUAUUUUAUAAAAUGAUAGUUUAUGAUUUCCAUUAGAAUAAAUCUGAAACUGUUGUUAAUAAAGUUUGUUAUAGUGAUUAUGAGAUUCGUAAUGUACUCUGAAAAAACUGUGUCUGAAAAAUUUGUUUAAUAUUACUCAUAUACAUUUUGAAAAUCAUUUCUAAAAAUGGCGUUAAGUUUUUAUGUCAAAUGUCUGACACAAAUAGCUUAGCUAACUUAAAAACUUCAUUCUUGAGCAAAUCAUCGCGAAUACAAGAAUAGACUUAUAAAAAUUAUUGUUAAAUGACGAUAUUUUCAGUACAAAUCUUUUUCCUGGAUGUAAUCAAAUAAAAAAAAUGAAAAACAA